UGGCUUCGUCGUCAUCUCUUUUUCAAGUGAAAUCACGUAACGUCUGUAUAUGAUACACUGUGUACAUAUGUGUUCAUUAGUAGUAGUAUAGUAUUAGUGUAGUAGUAACAGCGAUUGAGUGAGUCUCGUAACGGAUGGGAAUUUGGUAAAAGUAUACUAACAGUUUUGAAACGGUUACGGUGGCGUGUUCUUCGACGCGAGUACGCAUUCUUGCGUUCCUUUAUUAUUUUUUUAAUAGGGCAAUGAAAGGAUGAACACUUUCAACUGUUUUGUGUUCGUCUUCGCUCUUGCGGCAAAUUCAUUAACAAACGCAUACGACUACGAAUGUAAUGUGCCUCUUUUGGAUAGAGCUCAUUUAACAGCAACUACGUUUUUACCGGAGAGAGGACCUAACAAUGCAAGACUUAACGGGGAUUCUGCGUGGUCACCAGAACUUAGCAGUUAUGAUCAACAUCUUACUGUGGAACUGAGCGACAGGUACGAGAUACGCAGCGUCGCAACACGGGGUCGCGCCCAUACUAAUGAAUAUGUGACAGAAUAUAUUGUACAAUAUUCUGAUGAUGGUCAAGCCUGGACUAGUUACGAAGGUCAAGAUGGUGUAGAUGAGAUGUUCAAAGGAAAUACGAAUGGAGAUACUAUCAAACUUAAUAAAUUUGAAGUCCCAAUUAUUGCACAAUGGAUAAGAAUAAAUCCAACCAGGUGGCGAGAUAGAAUAUCAUUGAGACUUGAAUUAUACGGAUGUGAUUACGAAUCCGAUGUAUUAUCAUUUAAUGGAUCAUCUUUGGUUCGUUUGGAUUUAUUAAGAGAACCAAUCGAGACAGAUAGACAUUCUAUACGUUUUCGUUUUAAAACAAACUUUGCAGAUGGUAUAUUAAUGUAUUCACGUGGUACACAAGGGGAUUUUAUCGCAUUACAAUUACGUGAUAAUAGAAUGUUAUUGAAUAUCGAUCUUGGAUCUGGUGUUAUGACGAGUUUAUCAGUAGGAAGUCUUUUGGAUGAUAAUAUGUGGCAUGAUGUUGUUAUAUCAAGAAAUAGAAAAAAUAUCUCUUUCUCUGUUGAUAGAGUGUUAAUAAAAGGAAGAGUUAAAGGAGAAUUUCAUCGACUAGAUUUAAAUAGAGCACUUUAUAUUGGUGGAGUACCUAACAAACAGGAAGGUUUAGUAAUAGGUCAAAAUUUCACAGGGUGUAUAGAAAAUUUUUAUUUGAAUACUACCAAUAUUAUUCAUGAAUUAAGAGAAACUGAACUUACCGGAGAAAACCUAAAAUAUCAUAAGAUUCAUACGAUUUAUAAUUGUCCUGAGCCUCCUGUCAUUCCUAUAUCAUUUUUAACACCUGGAUCUUAUGCUCGGCUUAAAGGUUACGAGGGUAUUCCGUCGUUGAACGUUUCUCUUGGAUUUCGAAGUUACGAGGAUCGAGGAAUAAUUCUUUAUCAUAAAUUUACAUCUCCAGGAUACGUUAAACUAUUUUUAGAACAAGGCAAAUUGAAAAUCGAAAUCGAAACAAAAGGAAAUUCAAAAGUGAUUUUAGAUAAUUUUGAUGAAAAAUUUAAUGAUGGAAAGUGGCAUCAGGUCAUCUUAACAGUAGCAAAAAAUACUCUUAUACUAAAUGUCGAUGGUAGACCUAUGAGAACUAAACGUAUUUUGGAAAUGAUAACUGGAUCAUUAUAUUGGGUAGGUGGUAUGACAGGAGAAGAAAGUAAUCGUGGAUUUGUUGGCUGUAUGAGAAUGAUAAGUAUUGAUGGAAAUUAUAAGUUACCAACUGAUUGGAAAGAGGAAGAAUAUUGUUGCAAAAAUGAAGUUGUUUUUGAUGCUUGUCAAAUGGUCGAUCGUUGUAAUCCUAAUCCUUGUAAACACUCUGGUAUAUGUACUCAAAAUUCUGAUGAAUUCUUCUGCGAUUGUGCCAAUACUGGUUAUUCAGGAGCUGUUUGUCACACAUCAUUGCAUCCUUUAUCCUGUGAGGCGUAUAAAAAUAUGAAUUCAGUAAAUCAAAGAGCAGAAAUUAAAAUUGACGUUGACGGAAGCGGACCAUUAGCACCCUUUCCAGUCACUUGUGAAUUUUUUGCCGAUGGACGUGUAAUGACAGUUCUAAGGCAUAGCAACGAAGUCCCAACACCCGUUGAUGGAUUUGAAGAACCAGGCAGUUUUAUUCAGGAUAUCAGUUAUGACGCUGAUCUCGAUCAAAUAGAAGCUUUCUUAAAUCGAUCAACGAGAUGUAGUCAAAGAAUAAAGUACGAAUGUAAACACUCAAAAUUAUUUAAUUCGCCAGUUUCACAGAAUGAUUACUUUAAACCAAAUUCAUGGUGGGUAAGCAGACAGAAUCAAAAAAUGGAUUAUUGGGGUGGCGCUUUGCCAGGUUCACGUAAAUGCGAAUGUGGAAUACUCGGAAAUUGUGCAGAUCCAAGUAAAUGGUGUAACUGUGAUGCUGACUUAGAAGGUAGACUUGAAGAUAGCGGAGAUAUAACGGAGAAGGAAUAUCUUCCUGUGAAACAAUUACGCUUCGGAGAUACCGGCACGCCAUUGGAUGAAAAAGAAGGCAAAUAUACCCUGGGACCACUUAUUUGUGAAGGAGAUGAUUUGUUCAAGAACGUAGUAACGUUCCGCAUUGUUGACGCUACUAUUAAUCUACCUACUUUCGAUAUCGGCCAUAGUGGAGAUAUUUAUUUUGAAUUCAAGACGACGAUUGAUAAUGCUGUAAUUAUUCAUAGCAAGGGUCCUACGGAUUAUAUCAAAGUUUCUAUAAACGGUGGAAAUCAGAUACAUUUCCAAUAUCAAGCAGGUGGUGGACCACUUGCAGUAAGCGUUGACACGUCUUAUAAAUUAGCUGACAAUCAAUGGCAUUCCGUUUCCGUCGAAAGAAAUCGUAAAGAAGCUAGAAUAGUUAUUGACGGAGCAUUGAAAAACGAAGUUAGAGAACCACCUGGACCAGUGCGUGCGCUUCAUCUUACUUCAGAUUUGGUAAUUGGAGCAACUGUUGAUUACAGGGACGGCUUUGUAGGCUGUAUAAGAGCUUUGCUUUUAAAUGGACAAUUACAAGAUAUUAGAAGUUAUGCAAGACGUGGAAUGUAUGGUAUAAGUGAAGAUUGCGUAGGACGAUGUGAAAGUAAUCCGUGUCUUAAUAAUGGUACAUGCCAUGAAAAAUAUAACGGAUAUUGGUGCGACUGUCGUUGGACUGCAUUCAAAGGACCAAUUUGUGCGGAUGAAAUUGGCGUUAACAUGCGGUCGAACUCGAUGAUAAAGUAUGACUUUAUGGGCAGUUGGCGUUCUACAAUUUCAGAAAAGAUUAGAGUUGGAUUUACAACGACUAAUCCUAAAGGUUUCUUACUUGGUCUGUUCUCAAAUAUUUCAGGAGAAUAUAUGACGAUUAUGGUUUCUAACAGUGGUCAUUUACGCGUUGUUUUUGAUUUCGGUUUCGAACGACAGGAAGUUAUAUUUCCGUCAAAACAUUUCGGUUUAGGCCAGUAUCACGACGUUAGAUUAAGUAGGAAAAAUUCUGGAUCCACUCUCGUCUUGAAAGUUGAUAAUUAUGAACCGAAAGAGUUCCACUUUGAUAUUAAAACUUCCGCUGAUGCUCAAUUCAAUAAUAUUCAAUACAUGUAUAUAGGUAAAAAUGAAUCUAUGACGGAAGGAUUCGCAGGUUGUAUAUCUAGGGUCGAAUUCGAUGACAUAUAUCCUUUGAAGUUACUCUUUCAAGAAAAUGGACCAGGAAAUGUUAGAUCUUUAAGUAACACGCCCGUUACAGAAGAUUUUUGCGGAGUAGAACCAAUUACGCAUCCACCAAAUAUCGUUGAAACGCGACCACCACCUGACGUAGACGAAGACAAAGUUAGAGCUGCUUAUAAUGAAACUGAUACUGCAAUCUUAGGAAGUGUAUUAGCUGUUAUUAUCAUAGCUUUAGUUAUUAUGGCAGUACUUAUAGGAAGAUACAUGUCGAGGCAUAAAGGCGAAUAUUUGACUCAAGAAGAUAAAGGUGCCGAAAUUGCGUUAGACCCAGAUUCAGCGGUUGUACACUCUACGACUGGCCAUCAAGUUCAAAAGAAAAAAGAAUGGUUUAUAUAAAUCUAUAAGGUAAUAUAAUUAACGAGUGCACGUUUAUCUUUGGAUAUAUUAUUAAGAGAAAAAAGUAUAUGUAACGAGAUGAAAGUCCGAGAUUUAUACUUUGUUUCUCUAUUCCCAUGUAAUUAUAAAAUUAAUGAUAAGUAUUUGAUAUAGUAGAAAUGGCUGUCUACCACUUUAUACAGUUAUAAGAUAAAUCAACGAAGAUGUUACAAUAAUUGCUAUUAUUAAUUACAAAAGAGAACUUUAAGUUCAACAAGCUCAGAAAAUAAAUGUCGAAUGAAUUGCCUCGAUCAAUAAAACGGAAAACUAUAUAAGAAUUUUAUUAGUGCAGGGACAAACGAGCCAUAUUUUUUAAUUACGAAAAUAUGAUUAUUUUCAAAAAUUAUUACAAAUGGCUCAAUUAUUUCAUAUAAAUACUUAUAUAUGUAAGUAUUUAUACUGUAAUUGUAGAUAUAUUAAUAUUUAUUAACUGUACAUCUGACUUUAUAAUUAGUCAAAAAUAUAAUUUAUAAUUAUUAAUCCAAGUCAAAGUAGCAAAAAUAGCUCAGCAUUAUUAAUACAGAUUUUAUUUUUCGAUUUCUGUGUCGUAACUUUUAUAUUAAUAUUAUUAAAACUAACGCAGACAUCGUUAAAAUUUACAUUGAUCUUUUUGUGUCAGUUAGUGAUUAAUUUUAAGAAUUUCUCAUAUGAUCAAAACUUCUUUUCAAUGUACAAAAGCGAUUUUAUUACAGUUACAUUUCUUUUUAUAUUAACUCACUCAGUAUUAGUUGUAAUGUUUACCGUCCAAAGUGCAUUUUUUUUUUUUUUUAAUUUUAAUUUUUAUUUGUUUUAUUUUUGUUCGUUAAUUAUGUUUUUACAGAUCUUUAGUUUCACAUAAUUUAGGAGAUAUAAAUCCACAAUGCUAACUUAACAAUUAAUCUAGUAUACUAUUCUUAAUUAUAUACUCAAGAUAUUAUGAUGGAAAUGUAUGUAAAUAUGACAUUUUUAUAUGAGCAACUUUUAUUAUUUUUACCAUUAAAUUGUAUUUGAUAAAUUGUAAUUAGAGCAUGACAUUUAUUGUCAAAUAAAAGCAAACAUACACAAGGUACUGAUAAAUAAUAACAUGAAGUUUAUUAAAAUUUUCUCUCUUCAAUUUUUCUAUAUAGGUAUAGUUAUAUAAGUUGAGUAUAUGAUAAACACAAACAACUUUCUGCACUUUUUUCUACCUGAUAUAAUUUUCUUUUAUUGCAUACAAACGCGCAUAACAAUAAUUUUAAUAAUAUAUAAUAUUUUUAGUUCAAUAGAAAAAUAAUAUAAAUCUUACUCUUAUCAAAGAAGAGAAACUAAAUUAUAAAAUUAAUAUAUAGGGUGAUCUAUAUAUUUUUUAUCUAUUCUAAGAUCAUCCUGUAUAUCGAUAUAAUUAGAAAUGUGAAACAAUAUAUUUUUCAUAUACUUGUGUGCGGGCAGUUUGGUUUCAGCUCUAGGAAAAACUAUAUAUAUAAAUAUAAAAUUUACAAACAAAAAUUGAAAGAAAUAUAGUAUAUAUAGUAAUAUGUACUAUAACGUUCUAAUUUCACAAUCAAUAUUAAACAAUUAAUUUGGAAUAUAAUAUAUAAUAUACAUUUUUUAAAUGUGUACCAAGAUAUAUUAAAAAAUGUAGAUUAUAUUGCAGUUAAACUCAUAUUUCCUACUUAAUAUAAACAUAUCUUGUAUCAAUGUAUUUAAAACUUCUACUAAUCAUUACUAGAAACAACGCUAUUACUUUUACUUGCUUCACUUGAUGACUGUAACUUUGUUGAUUCAAUAAGUGGAUAUUCUGUAUCUAAAAAAAAAAAGAAAUUGUAAUAUAUUAAAAUAUUUAUACUUGUAUAUAUUUCUACAUAUGCUACAUAAUGAUGCAAAAUAAUGUAUUACCAGAUUCGUUAUCACUGAGUUCACGUGGCGAUAAUUUACACCCUCUUGCCAAAUAAUGUUUUAAUUUACCAAUACUAGCCAAAAUUAAACCUAAGAAAGGAGGUGAUGGUUUUAAAGGCCUGGAUAAAUAUUCUGGGUGAAAUUGCGUAGCAACAUAAUAAUUAUUUCCAUUGAGUUCUGCUAUCUCCAUACGAACAUUAUCUUCGUCUCUACCUAAUGUAUGGAAUUAGUAUUUUUUAAACGUUAGAGUGAAGUACAAAAUAUAAUAGGGAUUAUUAGCGAUUCGAUAUCGAUUAUUUAGUCUAACUUACCCACAAAUAUUAAUCCUGCCUCUUCUAAAACUUCAACAUAUUGUGGAUUUACCUCAUAUCUGUGUCUAUGUCUCUCUUCUAUAUAGUUUUUGUUUCCAUAUAAUUGUUCUGCGAAAUUAUAUAAAUAUUAUAAAAUGAACACUUAAGAAUACGUAUUUUAAUGAUAAAUUUUAAUCCAUUUACUUAAGAUAGAAUUUUCCUCUGGUUUAAAACGUGUAUAUCUUUUUCCAAGUCUCAUAGUUCCACCCAUUUGGCCUUGAUUAUGUUCUGGCAUGUCUAUUAUAAUUGGAUGAUCCGUGUUUGGAUCAAUUUCUGUACUAUGUGCUGUUUCUAUAUUUAGAACGUUUCUUGCAAAUUCUAUAACUGCAACUUGCAAACCCAAACAUAUCCCUAAAAAGGGUACAUCAUUCGUUCUACACCAUUUACAUGCUUCCAUUUUUCCUUCUAUGCCUCUCUUGCCAAAACCACCAGGAACUACCACACCACUGUAAGAUUACAGAGUUAUAUAAUAUUCUUAUUGUAUUCUUAUUAUACUCUAAUAAAAGCAUGAUACAAUUUUAAACUUA